AUGAUCUCCAAUCUUCCAGAUGAUUUGGUAGAGGAGAUUCUCUCUAGGGUUCCGUUGACAUCUACAAGAUCAGUGCGAUCCACUUGCAAAAAAUGGAACGCUUUAUCCAAAGAUCGGGGUUUUGCGAAUAAGCACAUCAUCCGCAUGAAUGUAGCCGCAUCAGGAGAACGAGAGUUUAUGAUGAUCAUGGAUUAUAAGGCUUAUUUGAUUAGCGUCAAUCUUGAAAACAACAAUGUUGAUCAUCUAUCUAUAAAGCUUAAAGUGUCACUCUUGAAUGUGAUUGAUAUGGAGUACAUGCAAUCCUGCGUGUCUUUAAAGGGAAAUACUUACUGGUAUGCUAAAGAUAAAGAAUCAGAAGACUAUUCUUACUUGCUCUCUUUUGAUUUUACAAAAGAGAGAGAAGAGAAGCUUGCGAUGCUACUACACCGAGAUGAUACGUUAGAAGACGAGAUUUGGAUUACGAAUAAGAUUGAGCCCGAUGCCGUGUCAUGGAGCAAGUUCUUAAAAUUUGGUGGGCGACCAAGUAUUUUUAUGGCUGAUAAUUUCUUGAUUGACGAGGAUAAAAAAGUGGCAUUGCUUUUUUAUAGAGCUUGGGAAAAGAAGACGGAAUCCGUUUGUACCGUAGCUUACAUCAUUGGAGAGAAUGGCUAUAUAAGAAGAGUGGAUCUCGGUUAA